AUACAGUAAAUAGUUGUGAGCCAAUAUAUUGUCAUGGAUACUCUACAUCUGUUUAUAGCAGACACACUAGCACUGAUCACUACUGCGCAAGGUGUCAGCAAUUGCACUAAUGGAGAUGUUGAGCUUAUCCAGGACCCAGCUGAUACUAUAGUAUAGUUGGUUAUGUUCAAUACUGCUUCAGAGGUGAAUGGAGGAGAGUAUGCAGAUGGAGUGGAAUCACUGUAUUGUGGGAUGUCAGUGAAGCUGCAGUUGCUUGUAGGCAGCUGGGAUAUAGAUCUACAGGUGGAGUACUGGAUUGUAAUAAUAUAAAUAAUAACUACCGUACAAUUUAUACACUAUAUAAUGCAUAUGUAAGUCAUGAUAGCACCUGGACUAGAGGAUUUGUCUCCUUGAAUUGUGUGAAUGGUACAGAGAGCUCUCUUGAAGACUGUAUGCCGUAUAGGGUUAUAACUGACAUAGAGCAUAGUUGUAAGAGCGGCAAUCAUGGAAGGCUACUCUGUGAGCCAGCUGAUUGUACUAACAAAGAGAUAAGACUGGUGGGUGGAUCCACUGACAGAGAGGGACGAGUAGAGGUGUGUGUGGGUGGUCGCUGGGGAACUGUGCAAACAAAUCAGUUUAUGGAAGUUGCUGAAACUGUUUACAGAAGCCAAUUACAAUCACAAUACUGGACUUCUAUAGCACAUCAUCUAGUUACGUGUCACAGUUUGGCUACACCCUCUCAAAGCAUGUCUACACAUGCUCAUUAAACACUAAUGGAGGACAGGAAUGUCUAAGCUCAACAACGCCUGAUGACCAUACCAGGGACCUUGGAGUCUCUUGUGAACCUGAACAAAAUGUGAUGACGUGCUCUGACCAUCAAAGUGGUCAGUUCCGACUAGUGGAUGGGAGGAGCCACAACAAAGGCAGACUGGAGGUGUGUGUGGGCGGUCAGUGGAGAGGGGUCAGCACUACUAGUCUGAGCAACACAACAGCUGGAGAGAUUUGCACUCGACUGGGCUUCUCUGGAGAUGAACCGAGCUUUGAACCAACUAAAGGAGAUGUGUACUGUUGCAAUACUGAACUCAACUGCACCCAAUGCAGUGAUAGCUGCAAUGAUACAACGAGCAAUAGUCUGCUAUGUACUACACUUGAGAAAGGAACAUUACCAAGCACCACUGAGACUACUACAGCACAGCACAACCAGAGUACUAUUGUACAGAGCCCUGGUGAUGGUGGAUCUGUAGCUGCUGUGAUUGUUGUUCUAGUGUUGGCAAUGGUUACCGGAUGCAUAGUCAUAUGUGCUGUUAUUGUUUGGAAAAGAAUCACUGCUCGCAAAAAUAGCAUUAAACUGAAUACAAGCCACACUGUUCAGCAAGUGGUGGAAGAUGAACAACUUGACGAUGCAACUGCACUUGUUAUGCAUAACUACAGCACGGCAGGUCCUGACUACGAAGAUGCAUUAGCCAUAAAUCAGCCUGUAAUAGACAACUAUGAUGUAAUUGGUCAUAAUCAGCCAAGGCUGAAUGAAGGUAAGGCAGCCAACCCACCACCAGUAAGAGAUGAAGCUAUCGAGAAUCAAGAUGAUUUUCACAAUGCUGAGCAGCAUCUUUACGCAGCUGUCAAUAAGAAAGCCAAGAAAAGGUCAUCACCAGAUGAGAGUCCAUAUGACAAGACCUCGCUAAAGAGAAAGAUACCACCGCAAAGUUUGAGGGAGGAGAAAGCUGAGUCAUUAAUAACUAGCUAGUACAGACUGUCAAUGAACAUGUGACUGUGGAAUGAUACUAGUAUAGCUGUAGAGAUAGCGAUAGCCUCAUGUGUGUGUGGAUGGUGUGUGUGUGUGUGUGUAUGCUGCCUAAUCUCAUUUGGGACUUUGAUAGGAGC